GCCGGGCUACCCGCGCAGCGGGCCAUGGCGGGCGAGGACCAUCAGUGGCAGGGCAGCAUCCUCUACAACAUGCUCAUGAGCGCAAAACAAACGCAUGCGACACGGGAGGCGCCCGAGGCACGGCUGAGGGGUUCGUGCUGGGGCUGCUCCUGUGGCUCGGAGCCCCCGGUGGGCAGAGAGGGGCAGCCGGGUGGACCGGCAGUGGCGCUCCUGUACCGUUGCUGCUUUUGCGGUGAAGACCACCCGAGGCAGGGCAGCAUCCUCUACAACAUGCUCACGAGCGCAAAGCAAACGCAGGAAACUCCGGAGGCCCCCGAGGCACGGCUCGGGGGAGCAUGCUGGGGCUGCUCAUGUGGCUCUGAGCCCCGGGUGGGUAGAGAGGAACUGCCCGGUGGGCGGGCCACAGUGCUCCUGUACCGCUGCUGCUUUUGCGGUGAGGAGCACCCACGGCAGGGCAGCAUCCUGUACAGCUUGCUCACCAGCGCAAAGCAAACGCACGUGGCUCUGGAAGCUCCGGAGGCGCGGCCGGGGGGCGCAUGGUGGGACCGCUCCUACUGCGCACAGAGGCUGGGAGCCAGAGAGGAGCUGCCUGGCGGGCGGCCGGUGACGCUCCCAUACCGCUGCUGCUUUUGCGGUGAAGACCACCCACGGCAGAGUGGCAUCCUCUGCAACAUGCCUAUGAGCGCAAAGCAAACGCACGUGGCUCCAGAGGCGCAGCCGGGGGCCCCCUGGUGGGACCCCUCGUGUGCCGCGCAGCGGCGGGUGGCCCUCAAGAGCCCACAGGUGGUUUGCGAGGCAGCCUCGGCGGGCCUGUUGAAGACGCUGCGCUUCGUCAAGUACUUGCCCUGCUUCCAGGUGCUGCCCUUGGACCAGCAGUUGGUGCUUGUGCGCAGCUGUUGGGCGCCGCUCCUCAUGCUAGAGCUGGCCCAGGACCGCUUGAACUUUGAGACGGUGGAGACCUUGGAGCCCAGCCUGCUACAGAUGAUCCUCACCACCAGGCGGCAGGAGACAGAGGGAGAUGAGCCGCCUUCGCCCCAGCCCCCAGUGCAGCCACACUUGGUACUGCCGUCGGAGGCCGAGCAUCUGCCAUCGGUCGCCGAGGUCCAAGCCAUCAAGGGCUUCCUUGCCAAGUGCUGGAGCCUAGACAUCAGUACCAAGGAGUAUGCCUACCUCAAGGGGACCGUGCUCUUUAAUCCGGACCUGCCAGGGCUUCAGUGCGUGAAGUACAUCCAGGGACUUCAGUGGGGAACUCAGCAGAUCCUUAGCGAACACAUCAGGAUGACACACAGGGGGUACCAGGCCAGAUUUGCUGAGCUGAACAGUGCCCUUUUCCUGCUGAGAUUCAUCAAUGCCAAUGUCCUUGCCGAACUGUUCUUCAGGCCCAUCAUUGGCACUGUCAGCAUGGAUGACAUGAUGCUGGAAAUGCUCUGUGCAAAGUUAUGAAGGCAUGCGGGCCACCCAAGUACAGGAGCUGUGAGCAGAAGAGUGUAAAAUAGUGUAAAAUAAACUUUCUUAUU